AAAAAACAUAAUCUCAGAAUCAUUUGGCCCAAAAAAAGUCGAGAGAGGUCGUCAUGGCGCAGAGGAUCACGACAUUGUUCCUGCUCAUAGAGAUAUUGUUUCUGGUAAAUUAUGUGAGUCAAAUCGCCACGACCGCGGCUGAUAACGACGCAGAUGUGAUUCACGUCGCCGGAAAAGUAAUGUGCCAAGAUUGCACUCUUAACUACCAGAAUUGGAUCAACGGUUCUGAACCCAUCAAAGAUGCUGUUGUAUCAAUCACUUGUAUGGACGAGAGGGAAAGAGUAAGAUACUAUGGCAGCGACAAGACCGAUGAGCGAGGCCAGUUCGAUCUUAUCGUCAACAAAGUCCUCUACGGCGGCAAAAGUCUCAAGGCUCAUCUUUGUAUAGUUCGGCUCGUAUCUUCUCCGGACCAGUCAUGUGAUAUUCCGACCAAUUUUGGUCAUGGUCAAAGCGGAGUAAAACUAGUUCAACCGUUCAUGGUGUUCAAGGAUCUGGUUAAGUUUGUGGUCGGGCCAUUUUAUUAUACCACCCCCAUGUGUGAGACCCCUAAAGUUGAAAACAACUACUAGACUUGGAGGGUUUUGACUUUUGAGUUUUGAUUAAGGUCAUUUAAAUUUAGUGGUCCUUUUGUUAAAUAAUAUAUAUAUAUCUAAUUUAAAACAUAUCUCAAUUAUAUGUAAUGUGUCAUGUUUUUGCUUCCGUAAUAUUGUUGAUUCUUGUAUAUGUCAUAUGGUGAUCAUUUUUUUUAACAAAUACAUUAACGUCAAUUAUAUAUAAUACGUUUUUCCUUGUGUAUA